AUGGGCCCGUCAAACAACUCUUUUCCUCGCCCCAAUGUAUUUUUUCUCAUUGGAGUCCCUGGCCUGGAGGUGGCCCACGCACGGCUAUCUGUGCCCCUGUUCUUCAUGUACCUAACAGCAAUAUUAGGCAACAUGAGCAUGAUGCUCCUCAUCAUCGUGGAGCGGAGACUCCACAGUCCCAUGUACUACUUUCUGUCCACAUUGUCCAUCACUGACGUUGUCCUCUCGACCUCCAUCGCCCUGAAAAUGCUCGGCAUCUUCUGGUUUGACCUCCGUGAGAUCGACUUUGUGUCUUGCCUCAUUCAGAUGUUUUUCGUCCAUUGCUUCACCUCGCUGGAGUCAGGGGUUCUCUUGGCGAUGGCUUUUGAUAGGUACGUGGCCAUCUGCACCCCCCUACAUUACACAACCAUGCUGACAAACACGCUAAUAAUUAAAAUUGUCUUAGCGCUUCUUAUCAGAGGGACUGCCAUAGUCACCCCAUGUCCUCUGAUGGCCAGCUGGCUUCCUUAUUGUCACACUCACCAUAUCCCUCACUCAUACUGUGACCACAUGUCUGUAGUGAAGUUAGCUUGUACCAAUACUACAGUAAAUAACGCCUAUGGGCUGACAGUUGUCUUGCUGGUCAUCGCAUUUGAUGUUGCAUUCAUCACAGUCUCCUAUUCAUUAAUCCUGAAGGCCGUUCUGCAACUUUCCUGUAGGACGUCCAGGAACAAAGCCUUCAGCACGUGCACGUCCCACGUUUGUGUCAUCCUCGUAUUUUAUUCCUUGGGACUCUUUUCCUUUCUCACCCAUCGGAUUGGCCACAUCGCUCCCUACAUUCACGUGAUCCUCUCCAAUCUAUAUCUCCUCAUCCCACCCAUGCUGAACCCCAUUGUCUAUGGAGUGAAGACCAAGGAGAUUCGACGUUCUGCGGCUCGUUUACUUUCAUGUACAACCAAGUAG